GAGAAACCGAAGCCGGGACAAAGUCGCUCUGUUAAAGCCACUGAAACAGUCUGACACACCGCUGAACACUGGACACUCUGACAUCUGGGAGAAAUGAAGUCUCCAUGAAGAUCAACACGUUUUGGAUGAGCCUGUGAGCACAGGAAACUUUCACAGCCAGUGAAGAGUUCCUUCAAAACCACCAUCUUCUGAGUUUGGACACUAAGCAACUCUAACAGAGCAGUUAGGUGGAACUGUAUGUGCCUUGUUCAGGGGAACAUUACUAAUUCUUCUCAACUAGAGCUAUUUUACAUUAUAGUUCUAUAGUUAUAGUUCUCUCCCAACUUUUUUUUUUAAAGGAGGAGAUAUUCAUUUUUUUUGUUACUGCAUUAGGCCCUGUGUGAGUGGGGAUUUGUGUUUUUUGCUAGCCCCUCUCCUUCCACAGGGAGGCCAUCAUACAGAUCAGUCCCUGACAGAGCUUUUAGGGUCUUUACACCUUGCCAAGGAAAACUACAGCAGAGCACACACUCACUGUGGUGGUGACCAAACCAAACCCUAGACCCUUUUGGGUUACAGGGUCCCAACUGCUGACUUCUUUGUUUGUCUCCUGAGAUAGCAAAGAUCAUGCUGUACCUAAAGAAAUAUUUCACAGAGGGCCUCAUCCAGGUGGCCAUUCUACUGAGUCUCUGUGGAGUGAGGGUCGACGUGGGACUGGAGCCCUACCUGCCUCCUUCCUGGCAUGAGAUGAUCCUUGGUCCCACCUCGGCAUUGACACAGACGCAGUUCCACAACCUCCGCAACCGGCUGGAGGAUGGCCAUGGCCUGCACCCCAAGAAUGUGGACCUGGAUGAAUUUUUCACGGCACGAAGGCUGCUGGGCUGGGUCCGCUCUCUGGACAGAGUACAGGUUCCUCAUGCAGAGCUGGAGACAUGGCUGGUCCAGAGGGAGCCAGAUCCUCUCCCCAUGGAACGUCCAGACCAGUCAUCCGUGCUGGAGAGAGCUCCUGCUGGGGUAGAGAGAGACCGAAGUGAUCCGUCUGUGGAGACCAGAGCUGGACUUGGUACCUUGCAGGAAGAAGUGGAUGCGGAUGAUAAAGAGGCAGGAACACAGCAUGUACUUCAUCACAGUGUUGCUCUGGAUGAGAUAGGAGAGGAAGAAGAGGAUGAAGAGGAAGACCUGGCCAGGAUACAUAGGCGUUACAUGAGGACAGAAGGAGGAGAACAACCAAGAGGCUCCUACAGCCGUACUAACAACAGACAGCUGACUCAGAAUGAAGUAGACCAGACCUCUUUCUCCAUCCAGGAGUGUUUGAGGCUGUUGGAGGAAACCUUUCCCUUCACAGAGGAACAACAGUUAAACAAUGUUGGUGAUCGAAGGGAAAACAUGGAACGUCACCGCCCAGGAAGGGACCCCCUGCUGUCCCCCAUCAUCCCCACCAAUAACCAGUCUUUGGACCUGGAGCUGCACUGGCAGGACCUAUUCGCGAUCAUGGAGCCUGAGGUGACUGGGAGAGUGAAAAACACAGACGUUGACAUGAUGGCAUCACCUGACCACAACCUAGAUUCAAGACCAUCUGGGACCCUCUGGGGUGUUGGGUCUGAAGCUCUGCACCCAAACUGUAACAACCUUGAAAAUGGCAUAACAGAUGCUGAUCGGGAGGCCCUUCUAAUGGAGACUCCCCUGCAGCAAGGUUUGUUGCAGCCUCUAAGCCAUUCAGAGCCAGAGCCAGUCCUGCUUCCACUCACUCCCAGUGCAGAGUUGGAUAACUACAGUUCAGCCUUCAACACAAGAGAUGAUUUGAAAAACUCAAAUGUGAAUACCUUGAACGGUCCUCCAGAUCACAUGGAUCUCUUGGGAGAGGAUUCUUCAGGAGAUGACUCGAGUACCUUCAGCAUAAACCUGCUAGCACCUGAUCUUGAUCAUAACAUAGAAGGCAGUCUGGGUUUACAGUAUGCUCUUUACCCUGAAGAUCACGCUAGCUUUGAUGACAUAACAGCUUCCAGUUCUGCCACAUCUCUGGGGGGGAAUGAUCUUACCCAAGACCUUCUGGCAUCUCCUACCAGUGCCUUUCUGGUGGAUGAGGAGGAUGUUGAAGAUGAAGAUGGACUCCCUAGUCCUCUUAGCGAACUCCUAGAGGAUGCUGCCAUCAUGGAUGAGAUGAGAUUGUUGGACCUGGCUUUGGGGGAAGGAUUCGGUCCAGAGGUGGCUGCCAGACUGGAAGAGGAGGGCUACCUUGACUGUGAAAUAGACAAACAGGACACUGGCAAAGAAGAUGACCACUCAGUCUCUAGUAUGGUAGUUACAGAGGAUCAGGCUGAACAAGGAAGACAUCAGCAAGACGGUGAGGAGGCAGACUCAGACUCUGGUCUUUCCCUGGACUUCAGCCAUAGCCCUGCUUCUCCAUGUGCUUCCGAGGCCUCCUAUUAUUCUUCUUCCUCCUCCUCUUCAUCAGCCUCCUCUUCAUCAAGUUCCUCUUCAUCUUGUGUGUCACCUGUGGAAAGUCCUUUCUACGAAGACAGGGACGAAGAUGCUGAGGAAGGGUUAGUUGGUUCAGAUAUGGAAGUGGAGGUGACCAUAAAGCAGGAGGAGCUGGAAGAGGAGGAGAUGGGGGCAGUAGGAGGAGGGUAUCCUGAAGAUAUUAAGAAACUCUUCCCUGCCAGCUAUGGCGAUCACAAGCUAUUAAAUGGCUUUCCUUGGUUGGAGCACAUCGACCAUGAUCACACGUACAACCAGCCCUGGUCCUCAGCCUCCACUCCAUCCCUGGGCAACAUGCCCACCAAACACACCAAGUCUUCCCUGCAACAUCAGAAGCCCAGGCAUCUCCAUCACUCCUCUUCCAGACACAUCUCUGAGACCAAAAUGUGGGGCCGAGAUGAACGGCGUGCACGAGCCUUGAAGAUCCCUUUCUCCAAUGAGCUGAUUGUUAAUCUGCCAGUGGAAGAGUUUAAUGACCUGCUGUCCAAUUAUCAACUCAGUGAGGAGCAGCUUACCCUCGUCAGGGACAUACGACGCCGGGGUAAGAACAAGAUAGCUGCCCAGAACUGCAGGAAGAGGAAAAUGAAUGUGCUGCUAGGACUGGAGGGUAAUGUGUCUGGUUUGAGGCGCCACCGUUUGCGGCUGCUCAGAGAGAAACAAGAGGCCCUGAGGAAUCUGCAGGAAAUGAAACGCCAACUGGGCAUCUUGUACCAGGAAGUCUUUUCCAGGCUGAGGGAUGAAGCUGGAAGGCCGCUAGAUGCAAGAGAGUACUUGCUUCAUUUUGGGCCCAAUGGUAGUGUCAUGUUGGCUUCACGCCAACAAGGGGCACAGCUGCCAUUGUCAGGAGAAGAAACAAGCAAGAAACAGAGGAAUAAGAAGAAAUGAGGAGGAAGACAAGCCAGGAAUAUUCUCUUAGGAGAUUUAGAACAUGUAGGGAGUGUAAAGAGAUCCCUGAAGAGGAGUGAUGUGGUGGUGAAUGGAUCUUAAUCUGGUGUCAAAGGAAGAUGCUAAGAGAUGCCAUUCAGUCCUCUCAACACCCAAACAGAUAUGCCUGACAGUGAUGUGUUUUAAGUGGUGGAUGGAUGGAGAGGAAAUCAAGAAAUCAGAAGCAAAAGGAGUUCUUUGAAAGAGGCUGCGAUUAUCCUUAUGUUGUUUAUGACACGACAUCAUCAUCACUCCAGGACACGUUGCUCUUCAUUCUUCAUUAUAAACAUUUUCUACACUGGAAAAGGACUUGAAUACAGUUCUUGUUAAAACUAAGCAAGACUGAGGUAAAGCUAGGCUGCUAGUACUUAUUAGAAUUAAAACAACAGAGGAUAGGUGACCUGGGACCAGUCCUUAAAAUAAAAGGUCUAUGCAAAAUCCUGCUUUCUCCUGCAUCAGCUGUCAAAGAGACUUAAAUAAGCCAGUUGAACAAGCCAGCAGGCUGACAGCAAGCUGGACCCUGGCUGUCAGCCAGUUCAGCCAAUCGCAGACACUACAAUGACUCUGAGCCACCAAAGAGAGGUUGCUGGUACCACUUAACUGACAUGGAGGGACAGUUGAAAAAAGGUAAACAUUUUGUUUGUAUAAGCUAUUUCACAAUGUGGCAUCACUUGUUUGUAGAAUAUAAUUUUGGGCUCUUCAGAGUAUUUGUUGGUAAUAGUUUAAAAAAAAAAAAAAAAAAAGAAGAAAAUAAUACCAGAGUUAUACGUCAUGGUGGAAAUAUGGUUUUUGAGCAUAUGGUCUUUGGGAUAUGAUAUGUUAUCAUGCAUCAUGUGAUUCAGCAGUGAACACUUGGUGGGCAGGGUGCUUGGAGCUCCACCUGUUUUCACACCUGACCACUCACUGCAGAAAGUGGGCAUGGCUGUUGGAUUGUAGAAAGCAAACUGUGCCAAUGUUUAAAUGACUGAAACAAACAUCAGUUUGUUACACUCUGAUUAACUGACUGAAGAAUGACUCCUUUUACCUCCAAGUGGUGCCUGCAUUGUUUAUUUUUUUUCUUUGAACUGAGAGCAUGGUAACAGUGGGUUUCACCUGUGCCUUUUAAUGUAUAUGUUUUUUGUGUUUUUAUGUAUUUCCAACACAUUUAUGUGGCUGUAAAACCCUUUUAUCUAUUUCAAACAAGAUGGUGGGAAUCUGUGUUCCAGAUUUAGCUGAAACACGGAUCACCAACUAAAUUCAAAACAGGACUGAAACCUGCCAUCACUCUUGGCAGGUUUCAGUCCAGCAACUGAGUUCAUAUGUUAAGCUGUUCAUGUUCUGAGAUUGACCGUGUGGAAGUAUAUGAAAUGUAUGUCAAAUGCCACAAAUAUCUAUAUGAAUGCACCUUGAACUGAUUCAGUAUAACAUUUCUCCCAUACCAAUGCUAGUUUGUGAACACUGUGAGAUUAGCAUUUCACCGUCUGGUGGGUGCACACAUGGCUGACAGAACCCCAUAGAGAUUCUGAUUAAAUUAUUAUUAUUAUUAUUAUCGGCAGCAGCUUGACCUCUUGAUGCCAACAAAUACCUAAAUGUACAGUAUUCUAGACUGUAACUGACAAAGUGUUCUGUUCAAAGGUAGCAGGUGAAGUAAAGUCAAUAAUAGUAAGUCAAUUACUAGUUAAAUUACAAGUUUCUCAGGAAUAAGCACAGCCAGAAGAACAUGCUAGUAGUUUCACUACAUGAGUAGUCAAAACAUAUUCAGUUUGUAAUGCAGUAAUUCAGUUUGUGUGUUUUUUGUUGGAUUCUUUGUCAGUAGGUUUACAAGGGUGAAUGAGCAGUUUGUGGCCUAACUUAAUAACUUUUGUGGUAUUUUUUGGGUAAUUUACAAAUCAGCACUGUCUGAGAAAAUGGACAACAUUGGUCUUUGUGCAGUCAUUAGCUACCUCUUCUCCGUGAUGAAAAAGGAGCUCUGGAGGUCCAAGAUGCCGACUUCAACAAAGAAGGGAUCCGUAUGAUCCAUGACUGCUGGACUAAGUGAGUAAAUGCAGAAAGGGACUAUGCCGAAAAAUAAAUGUGCUAGGUUU